AGGUGCCGGCACCCAGGUGCGCCCGGCGCGGGCUGCAGCUCCGCUCGACACCCGACAGCGGGCGCCGCUGUAGCAGCUCCCCGGGCGGCGGAGCUGAGCGCCUUCGCGAGUUGGGGCAGCUCCUGUGCUCGGCCCUGCUCGGCGGCUGGAGCUCCGCCCGGACGCGGGGUUCCUGGAGCUGCGAGAGCGGCUGGGCGUCGAGGGGGCGGUCGGAGCUCCGCAGACCCCGCUGGCCUGGGGCGGGAGAGGCUGGCGUGAGGGGAACGCCCGGGAGCGCGGAGAGCGGGGCCAGUCCCCUGGCGCGCCGAAGACACCCGAGCGCCCCGCGCCCUGGCACCAUGCGACCCGCCGCGCCUCCUGGCCGGCUCCCGGCUUCGCUGUUUGCUCUCUGAGCCCCCGCGCUCGCCACCGCGGAAAGUCGGAAAGACCAGGCGAGACCUUGGAGAACCUCACGGAGACGGACCCAGACGUCCCCUCCGCCCCCAAGAGGCUGCCGCCCCUCGAUCCCUGGGCUCCUCUAGCUGUACCAUGAACCUGGCGUAAGCUUGGCGUUAGGAGAAAUUCAGAAGCCGGAGGGGGAGUCAAGGCAAUUCUUUGGUUGCUAAGGACAAGUGAAGACAUCCAGCAUGGCUCAGGGAUCCGGGGAUCAGAGAGCAGUGGGGAUCGCUGACCCAGAGGAGAGUUCUCCAAAUAUGAUAGUCUACCGCAAAAUUGAAGACAUCAUUACAAAGAUGCAAGAUGACAAGACAGGGGGUGUUCCCAUCAGAACAGUCAAGAGCUUUCUCUCCAAAAUCCCCAGUGUUGUCACAGGUACUGACAUUGUGCAGUGGCUUAUGAAGAACCUUUCCAUCGAGGACCCAGUUGAAGCAAUACACUUGGGUAGCCUUAUAGCUGCCCAGGGCUACGUCUUUCCGAUCUCAGAUCAUGUUCUCACCUUGAAGGAUGAUGGCACCUUUUAUCGUUUCCAGGCCCCGUACUUCUGGCCUUCGAACUGCUGGGAGCCUGAAAACACCGACUAUGCCAUCUAUCUCUGUAAGAGGACAAUGCAGAAUAAAGCAAGGCUGGAAUUGGCAGAUUAUGAAGCAGAAAACUUAGCAAGACUCCAGAGGGCUUUUGCAAGGAAGUGGGAAUUCAUCUUUAUGCAAGCAGAAGCACAAGUAAAGAUUGAUCGGAAAAAGGACAAGACAGAAAGGAAAAUUUUGGAUAGUCAAGAACGGGCUUUUUGGGAUGUCCACAGGCCAGUGCCAGGCUGUGUGAACACAACAGAAAUGGAUAUCCGAAAAUGUCGACGUCUGAAGAACCCGCAAAAGGUUAAAAAGUCAGUGUAUGGCGUGACUGAGGAAUCCCAGUCGCAAAGCCCAGUGCACAUCCCCAGCCAGCCCACCAGGAAGACGACGAAAGAGGACGUCCGGAAACAGAUAACAUUUUUGAAUGCACAGAUUGACAGACAUUGUUUAAAAAUGUCCAAAGUGGCUGAAAGCCUAAUUGCUUACACAGAACAGUAUGUGGAAUAUGACCCUCUGAUCACGCCGGCUGAGCCGUCCAAUCCCUGGAUCAGCGAUGAUGUUGCUUUAUGGGACAUAGAGAUGAGCAAAGAGCCCAGCCAGCAGCGAGUGAAGAGAUGGGGCUUCUCUUUUGAUGAGAUAUUGAAGGACCAGGUGGGGCGAGACCAGUUUCUACGAUUCCUGGAGUCGGAAUUCAGUUCAGAAAACCUCAGGUUCUGGUUGGCGGUCCAAGAUCUUAAGAAACAGCCCCUCCAGGAUGUGGCCAGGAGAGUGGAGGAAAUCUGGCAAGAGUUUCUGGCUCCAGGGGCCCCAAGUGCAAUCAACCUGGAUUCUCACAGCUACGAGAUAACCAGUCAAAACGUCAAAGAUGGAGGGAGAUACACAUUCGAAGAUGCCCAGGAGCACAUCUACAAGCUGAUGAAGAGUGACAGCUAUGCCCGCUUCCUCCGCUCAAAUGCUUACCAGGACCUGCUGUCGGCCAAGAAGAAGCCAGAAAGUGAGCAAGGUCGUAGAACUUCCUUAGAAAAGUUCACUCGCAGUGUGUGCUGCUGGCGCAGAGUCAGAAUGGCCGCUGCAUUUCACCCCCGAGGUGGCUUCCUUCCAGCAGUGGGGAAAGUCGCUGGCGGGCAAGCGGCUCACCGGCCUGAUGCAGUCCUCCUGACAGUUCCGCCCGCAGGGCUCGGGCCCGAGGACCAUACGGGCAGGCGGCGGCGCUCCACCUCUGCGGACAGAGUCUCCCUGCGGGGAGAUUUGGUCACUGUGAAAGAGAAAGAGUGAGGGCCGUGCCGGGCAGCGUUGGGGAGACGCAGUGGGGGACCCAAGGGGGGCCAGAAAGAGGCGGCGGAGCCUGGGGUCGGCCCAGUAGAGACCCCUGUUUACAGCCCUCUCUUCCUUGUACAGUUGUGUGCCGACACCCCACUCUCUAGGAGGUCCUGGUCCCUAACCUGUUUGGGGAGAACACCCAGUGGGGCUCCCGUUGUGACUGUCCCCUGAGGUUAUAUUCCGACCAUCACCACUCCUCUAGCUGCCUGGGGGACCAUGCCUUCCAGCAAAGUCAGCGGGGACCCGCUGGCCCUGAGCACAUCCAGUAUUCCACCCACCUUCCCCCGCCUCUCCUGGGCACCCACCCCAGUCAGGCCACCGUGUCCCUACCGCCUCCCCCAUCUCCACCGCCACCACAUGUAAGGAGCCAGGACCUGGCCACCCUUACACCACACACCCCGGCCCCAUGGCCCUCGCUCAGCCACCCCCUGGAUUUGCGGCAUCUCAAGUUCUUCCAACCCCCUCUGAGGCCACCUUGCAAAAAGGCCUCCACGGGCACUGGCGGUGGCCCUCGGCUCCUGUCAGAUGUCUCUAGGGUCCAGCGCCAGAGGAAGCACGGGUGUAGAUGAAAGAGCUUGUGGUUUAACAGCCGUGAAGGUUCUGAUCAUCUUUUAAAAUGUUUAUUAUUUCGUAACUUAUUCCGUUGUUGCCCCUCGCUCCUUGGUGUGUUCCUGCGUCUUACUCAAAAUAAAUGUGGCCACGAGCGCAGGGACCAUUGGGACCCUCCCCUCCAGCAGCCCCCAGUGGAAGCGGGGAGGGUUCCAGCCCAAGGGGCUGGGGCCGAGGCUGGCAGUCCCGGGCGAGGCCAGGCCCAAGGGUUCUCUGAUGGCCCAGCAAAGGCACCACGUCCGUGAUGGCAAACAUCAAGGGAAACGCAGACACAGAGCUAAACCCGCAAACACCUGCAUAAGACCCCUUGUACCCCUUUCCUGUGUGUGUCCAAACGACCAUCUGCCAUUGGCGGGGCGGGAGUGAUGCAGGGCACCGCGUCGGGUGCCUGGCGCGUAGUAGGUGCUUCGCAAACGGUAGCUACUCCUCCUCUCAUCGUGGUCGCUGCCAUCAUGGUGACUCCCAGGAGCCCUUGGACAGCGUGGCAUAAGCAACAUGCUUUUGCAUUCAGACACAACCCCCUCACCUGCUCUGACCUUCCUCCUUUUAUCUGCUUUUGGCCGGAGGUGAAAAAUCUCCUUUGGGAAUAGACAUACAGCAAACACAGAAGCAAAACAGCAAUGACGGGUAUUUCUUCACUCGUGUGGGCAAAUGCACCAGCCGGUGAGGCACAUAAGCUUGUUUGCAGAGGCUGCUUCCCCGGUGCGCCCUUGGGACCAUCUUUCCCACCCUACCUUCAUGCCCUGUCUCCAGGGCACCAGCUUCCCUCCCCAGGGUGGGGCCACUGCAGGCACGAGGAGUCGGGACUCCAGUUGUACCCUGGUGGAUUCUUGCCCCUCAUGCCUCAGUUACCCCUGCUGGCAGUGGUUGCUCCCACCUCAAGGUACAGGGGAAGUGAGAGACAUUAUGUAAGGAUCUCAGAGUGUUCCCAAGGGGAGCACUAUAGACCCCGACUCUGGGGAAGGCACCCCCUCCCCCUCAUGUGGCACCACCUGGGCACAGAGCCUGACCCUUGGCAGACCCUCGGCAGCUGCCCGAUGAGUCACUGAGCUAUGUGAAGCCCUAUCCCAUAUUAUGGGGUCUUCUGACCCCUCCUCUCCUCCCCCCACCCUUUUCUACCCCCUUGCUUUUCACACAGACCUCCUGGUUCAGAACAGAAUCGCAGAUACCCAACAUUGCCCAAAGGCAGCCCACUUCCUGCCUGGGUGCCAGACUGUGCUAACACUGAUGCACUGGGUAUGCGGACAAAGGCAGUUCCAGAAGAGCAGAUGCCUCUGUGCCCUCUGGGGCAUAGCGUUGUCAGGGCAAGGGCUGGGCUGCCUCCUGUCCUUCCUCAUGGCUACAGCGAGGGCAGGGGUGGCCUCCCCGGCCGGGACACCUGUGUCCCCCUGGCCAUGGCUUCCGAGGCUUGGACCAGCCUGGGGGUCCCCAGAGGGUCCUCCCAGAGCCAGGUAGAUUGCUCCCCCGAGAUGGAGCAGGCUUCCCGCCACCUCUGAGAACAUCCAGCAGGCUCAAGAUAUGUAAGGGCACCUCAGAUGGAUUCAAAUCCAGAGCAAUAACCCCCUCCUCCCGCCUUCCAACCAAGGCCUGCUCGGUCCUGGGACCACCACCCUGUGCUCCCCGGUAGAUCACGUCCAGCAAUGAAGGGUGGAAUGGAAUUGCUCCACCCAAGUUGGCCAGUCCUAGGGCAGUCUACCACGCAGGCCCUAGAAUGCAAGAACACUUGCAAAGUCUGGUCUUGGCCAGUUCCCUACUGGCCUGGCCGACAUAGCCAAAAGUUCAGACCAGAUUAGAUUUUCGAAGGCAGUUCUGUAGCAAAACAGAUUUUGCUCUUUUGCCCUGACCUGCCUUAGCUCCCCUAACUGGGCACCAUGGUCUCUGGGCCUGGGAUUCCUCCCAGUGAGGGCUCUUGGGGUAAAUAUCAUGUUGCAGCCCCAGGGCUAAAGCAUCAGGGCAGUCUUAGGAGUGACCACCCACGCGUCAGGGGACCAGGCAUCUGACCGGCAUAGACUUUGCCUACCUGGAGAGAGUCGAGCUUGUAGGUUGACGCACGUAGGUGCCCUGCCACGGCCAGAAGGCCUGACCAGAGCAGCAGGUGCUCUCUGGACUGGGGAGAAGGCUCCUGCCCUUCCAGGAAGGGAUGCUUUGUUCUGCUGGGGAGCUGUUGCUGUACCCCCAGGAAUGCAGCAGGCUCCAGGCCCACCACUGCCAAUGGGUCAGGUACAGGCCAGCACCCGGGAGGGACCUCUCGCCACUCUGCAUUGCUUCUUAGACCAGUGAACACUCGGAGACAUGCUCCAGGGGCUUUUCCUGCAGCAGCGCUACUGGUGUGUUCAAACUACCUCACCAACAGGGCAUGAAGCAGGAGGCUGCCGCCCAUCUGGCUCCUUGGCUGGUUGUAGAAGUUGAUGUUCUCCCUAAAAUGCACCCUUCUCAUUAUACUCCAAAUGCAUGGACUUCCAAAGCCACCACGAGGAAGGCUUCCCGGAAGCUUGGAAAGGAUUGAGGGCUGUUGGUCUUUGGGUCUUGCAGGAUUUUUUGAAGGGCAUUUCCGAUAAAAUCCAGGAGCUGGAAAGCCCUGUGGGGGCUUCAAAGAAACUGGACGAGCUGAUUAUGUAGCAAAGGACCAUGUGUGGCACAGUCGAAUAGUGGCCAAAUGCAUCCCUGAGAACUCACCACGGGACCCUCUGAAUUGAGGUCUGUGCUUGUGUAACCAUGGCAACGGCAGACGCCAGCAGCCUGCUCGUUAGUACCACCCACUGAUAAGGCAUCCUCUGGGCAUAACCCAGGGGCCAUAAAGUAGCAAAGUAGCAAAUGUAGCAAUAAGGGGCCCAGGGCCGUAAAGGGACAGGGUCCAAAUGGCCCAGCCUCGGCCCUCUCCCCAGCCUCACUGAGGGCUAGAGCCAGCUGCUGUCAGCAGUCCGAGGAGGGAGGCCCUGCUCCACGCCCAGGGCUCCUGGUCUGUAUUCUAUGCCCACUCACUGCAUGAUCACAGACACGUUGGAAUGGCCUUCUCAUAGUGCAUGUGGUUCUCAUUAGUUUAUUUUUCUGGAAUUUGGGGAUUGGACCCCAGAACCAAACAUGCUGGUACCUUCUAAAAAUAAAUGACUUGAACCUACUAUAAUC